UCUAGCACAACAGAAGAGAGAAAAAUACCGGUAUUCCUUCCUUCACUGUAAAUAUAAUCAUGGCAAAGCAGGCUUACCUUCUUUGCCUUGCUGUUGUUUUAGUGAUUACAAACCUUGCUGAAUGUGGUCGUCGUGUAACGACAAAAAAGCUAUUAGCAGAGCUUCAAAGGAUUAAUGAAACACUUUGUGAAAAGCUCAAUGAUGCAAAUGAAAAUAUAAGGGCACUCCGGGAGAAGAAAAUUGAUUUUCCAACUUGUCCAGUUCCUUGUCAACCUGGUUGUCAGACUGGAGAGAUGUGUAUUAACCUGGAUCAGACCGGUGCUAUCGUCGGAAGUUUAGCCGGCGUUGAUGUGUUCUCUGAAAUGACGCCGCUUAUGGAUGGAAAGCCAUGCAGCAGACAAAUUGUUUUAAAAGUUCAUUUCCGGAAGGAUUUGCCACUCCAAGAACCUGAAGAGAAGGAUUUGCCUCUUCGAGAGAAAGAGAAGAUUGCGCCAAUGCUAAAGGAGGAUCUGACACUUAAAGAGAAGGUUUCGACACUUCAAGAGGAUUGUCCCGAUGAAAAGAGUUUAACAAAAUUGCCUCUGCAACGUAUGUUGAAAGUACAGAUGUACCUAUCAAACGGCGAAAGAAGCGGAACUAUGUUUAACAUAGGGGAUAGCCGUACCAACAAUGGCUUUGCUGGAGACAGUGGCACUCAAACGUUUGAUGCAGAAAUACAAGGAUUAUCACAGACAACAAAGAAUAUUCACGUGUAUGGGCAUGACAACUGUAAUUCAGCGCUACUGUAUAAUCACAUUGGUGCCCUUGAUUAUCCAGUAAGCGUUGUGAACUUCUGGAUAAAGAACCAGUACCUGAAGGUUUCAAAUGACUACGACGGACUUAUUCAGUCCACCUGUGAUUCUUGCCUGUUUGCUCUACAGGGCCAAACUGAUGCAGAAGGCCCAGAAAACGAAGACAUUUAUAUCGGAGCAAACAGAGUCGUUCUUGGUGGGAACAAUAGAACAGGUGUUGGACUGUGUUACAUGAAAUUACGUUGGGUGAAUGGACCAUUUCAGUAAAGAAUUAAUAAUUUUAUGUAACCGAUUGACUCCUUAUGAAAAUUGAUCAUUUAAAAAGA